ACCCCAUCUCAACGUGCCUCUCUUGGAGUGCCUUGCUACGAUAGCAGGAAGGCCCGCGUGGGCCAGAUCCUGGGCGGGGAGGGGGCACAGCACCAGCACGGACGUGGGGUGUUCAUUGGGACAGCAGGUGGAGCCAGGCUCUGCUAGCGGGGCGGGGGUAAUCUGUCUUGUCAGCUGGCACCAGCUAGGGCACAGAGUCAAAAUCAAGAGCAGCGGUGCAAUUACCUUUUCACACGACCUCAGUUUUCCUUUAAGUGUUUCCACAUGGAAGGGAGAGGGGAAGGUAGUUGGAAAGGGCUCCCCUCCCAACCACACACACAGAGUUUCCGAACGUUCUUGUGAAUGGAAAUCGAUGUUCUGUUGCACUUCUGAUCGUGAGACUGAACUGGGAAUAAAGAAAAUGUAUUUUGUUCUUCUCUGUAGGGGUUCUAAAGCUAGACUGGGGCUAUACUCUAUAGAGCAAAUGCUGGCGUCCAACCCCGGGAAGACCCCUAUCAGCCUGCUGCAGGAGUAUGGGACACGCAUAGGCAAGACACCUGUAUACGACCUACUGAAAGCCGAGGGACAAGCACAUCAGCCCAACUUCACUUUUCGUGUCACUGUUGGUGACAUCAGCUGCACCGGCCAAGGCCCUAGCAAAAAAGCAGCUAAACACAAAGCAGCCGAAGUGGCACUCAGGCUACUUAAGGGAGGAAACAUGUUGGAGCCAGCACCCCUGGAGGAAGCCAGCUCUCCUUUCUCUCUAGAGCCCCUGGCUCAGACCACCACUGCUACCCCAGUCGCCUCGCCUGUGCCCAUCUUGCCAGUCACGUCUCCCAGAAGUUCCCCAUUGGAUAUGAAGUCCCCAGUCUCACCGCAGCAGUCAGAGUGCAAUCCGGUGGGCGCCCUGCAGGAGCUGGUGGUGCAGAAAGGCUGGCGGCUUCCAGAAUACACAGUCACCCAGGAAUCAGGGCCAGCACACCGCAAGGAAUUCACCAUGACUUGCCGGGUUGAGAGGUUCAUUGAAAUAGGCAGCGGUACUUCCAAAAAACUGGCCAAACGCAAUGCUGCUGCAAAGAUGCUGGUGCGGAUCCAUAAUGUGCCUCUGGACCCACGAGAGGGCAAUGAGGCUGAAGUGGAGGAAGACCAGUUCUCAAUUAUUGCAGGCAACAAACUGGAUGGGGUGAAGGGUCGGGGGUCGGGCUGCACCUGGGACUCCCUGCGCAACUCAGCUGGGGAGAAGAUCCUGCACUUGAAAAGCCACCCACUGGGGGUGCUUAAUUCUGGGUUCUGCAGCCUCCUGCAGGAGCUCUCUGAAGAGCAGAGCUUUGAUAUCAGCUACCUCGAUAUUGAUGAGAUGAGCUUGAGCGGCCUGUACCAUUGCCUGGUAGAGCUCUCCACACAGCCAACCACAGUGUGCCAUGGCUCUGCCACUUCCCGCCACGCGGCCCGUGCUGAUGCUGCCCGCAAUGCCCUGCAGUACCUCAAGAUAAUGGCAGGGGGCAAAUGAGGGCACCCUGAUGCCAGCGAGGACUCUGGGCAGCUCUGGAUUCCCAAACAGCUUGUCGUCUCCGUUCUCUGGUCUGCUAAUGAAGCAGCUUCCUUUCCCCCUGAAUUGGCAGCGGGAGGCCGACUUGCAGGGCCCAUGGGAGAAACAGUCGGGCUGCACCUCUUAUAUCCUGUGGGGAGGAAAAGGAUUGUCAUUUCCAACCGGAGUCAAGACUUGGAGGGGGUUUGCUGUACCUGCAGCACAGAGGAGGUUUGUGGAGGCUUGUAACCCUGAGCAUGAGGGGCUGGGAUUGCCCGUUAGUAAGCCAGCCAGCAUUCAAGAAGUGCCUUGGAAAAUGAACUACUGGUGUUGGUGUGUUAAAAGCAGGCGCCCAUGACAGAUCUGUUGCACAGAGGGCGGCAAAGAAGGUGUGGGUGGAUGCUGCUCUCAGAAAUGAAUUUGGAGAUCAUUUUCAAGGUUGCAGAUGGCCGCGCGGCAUGGGUUAGCCGCCUUUUGGGGAAAUGGUCACAGCUCUGCUAGUAUCAGACCAAUUUAGGCAUAUUAUACACCAAAAUGAAGAUAAGGAGCGGUGCUAUAAAAUAUUAAAUGGUAGCGGAACUGUGUGAUAGGUGACUUGCUCUAAGUGGGGGAAACCCUGGAAAUUGUGAGGGAAAUAUGGCAUUGCACUGCCAUUUUAAGCUUUUCAUGUAGCUAAUUCAACCCUACUACUUGUUAGACAGCUCAUUACCUGCCACAUUAGAUAUGGCAUGUCCAGUCAGAUUGCUAAUGACAAAGUUAGGACCGCAAACAGGAGGCAUACCUGUACUCAAAGUGGGUCCAAGACAGAAGCACAUGCUACAAACCGCAUCUAAAUACAAAUUGACACAGAAAUAUGGAUUGUGUACAAACAUACAUUUUCAAUUAUCUUAAGGUACAAGGUUUACAAAAUAAAUUAACAUAACACUCUUGCAUAAAGAGUGUAAGAAAAUCAUUAAGCAACACAACUGGGAUAGUGAGUGGCAUCACAGCCACAGCCAGCAGCACAUUUCAGAUUGUGAUAGAAACAGGAGAUCUUGCUGUUUUGCAGUGAUCAAAGGAGGCAACUUUGUCUAGACAACUGACCAGAUACCAGACUUGGCAUGUUCAGGGCAAAUGCAUUUUAUCUGCUGGUAGCCGGAUCUUUGCCCGGUGAUUAGCAUGUGUACCAUGAAGCUCAACAGCAUCUUUUUGCCUGGGUAGCAUCUGCAGAGUCAUCUUGCUCUUGGUAAAUGGUUGUAGCCUAGAAUGAUAAAUAGUUUUGGCAUCUGGGAUACCACAUGUUGCACACUACUCUCAGCAUUUGAGUAGCACACAUCUUGUCCAGUAGCAGUGAUGAGGUGAGUUCCACUCCCUCGCACCCCCCUCUUCUAGCAGGACUUCUUUCCGUGACCACUGAAGGACAAUACUCGGACAUGGCCAUUUAAUGCAUAGAAGCUUAGCAAGUUCUUCACUGGUUCUGAAAGCCUCAUGGCUACAGCGUAUAAAAUGGGUGCAUCUUUGUUGUCUUGACUGGAACAGUCAUCCAUGUUUGCUUUUGUGGUCAAGAAGUUCAAGAGUAGAACUAGAACAUCUGUAUCUGAGUAGAUUACUACAGCUUGUUCAUAACCUCUUUCAUCUGCCUCACAAACCUGAAGGGUCUGUCUUGUGUCAGUCUCCUCAUGGUUUCCCUGAAGAUCGGGGGCAGUGUCCCUUACCUUGAUUGCCCUCCAUUGGAUUUCGUUAAGCCAACACUAGUCACCAGCUCUUAUUGCUGUUGCAGCUCUACCCCUCUCAUCAUGAGGACAUCAUUGGAGAGAAUGCAGGCUGGAUGCUUCGGGCCCCUUCACUUGGAACGUGUGACAUCCUCCAGUAUAUCAAUCAAAGAUGACAUCCGCUCUGGCUGUAUGGUCACUGAAGUGUACCACAUGCUGGAAGAUGUGCAUACUCUCUAGAGGUCUGAUAUCCACAAGGCUUCCCUGAGGCUUGAAUCAGUGCAUGACUUGAUGCACACAUUUUCAGAUCAGAAUGUGGAACCUUGCAUGGAGUGUCUGGUAGUAAGAAGGUGGAUAAACUCUGCUAUUGGUGUGUUUAUCUGUGCUCCAGUCUGCAAGUGAAAGUGGCACUGGAGAUAUUUCCUAUAUUAGGACAUCAGAAAUUUGUUUACUUCUGCUGUCAGCAUCUGCAGCAUUAAGUGGCCUCUGCAUGAGCUUACCAUCAACUUUGAUCAUUUUCUCUACAUUCUGAUGUGUAGUAACAUUUGAUUUGUACAAUGAAGCAAACGGCUUUUAGUUUGGUUUUGAGGUAUGUUUUUUCAAUGGAUUGUGAGGUGGGACAUCGCUCUGAUUAGUUGUUCCUGCAUAUUGCUGACUGAAAUUUGUAUUCCUCACUACUUAGCCAUCAGUAUUUCUUUGGUCAUAUCAUUUGGGGCCAUGUCUUUUGUUAGGAAGAUCAGAGGUAUAUGGCUGUUCUUAGGUUUCAUGACAGCUGUGGAUGAUACUUUGAACACAUCAGAUCUUUCCAGCCAGUCUGUGGUGGUUUUUUAAAAUUUUAAUUAUGCAUCCUGUGUCCGUCUUGAAGGGAAACCAUCUGAUUGUAUGAAUGCAGCUUCAUUACCAUCGUCUUCAACUGAAAGUCUACUGAAUAGACUUUCAUCAAUCUGUGAAAUGUGCAAUUGCUCAUCCAAGACUGGUGCCUGGCUUGGUCAUUUUGUGCAGUGCCAAUGAUUCCAUUGUGUACCUUGCAGAUGUUGUUUUUCCAUUCUGUUGCGUGACCUAAACAGAGUGUUUUUUUUAAAAAAAAGUUUGGUUUCACCACAAAAUUUCCAGCACUGAACUGACAAUGGAUCUCUGGUGCUAUACUCUCAAGUUCUUUCAUAUCAGCGAGAUAUACAAUAAGCAUAGUUUGUAUGCUCAUGAAUUGUGAACCGUGGUGGCAAAUGCUUUGAGGUGCAAUGUCCAAUUGGCAUCCCUUGCAGCUGGUAUGAAGUCCGUAAGAUCUCCACUUGUCUCAUUUAAGUAGUCUGCGUCACAGAAUUGGGGUUGGCAAUGUGUUGAGCACUGAAGUUUUCUGUGAUAUCUUUGAUUUUGUGCUUGCAUCAGGUUUUAUGUUACCCACCCCCCGGCAAUCUCCAUUGUCUUAACCUCUACACCAGAAAGUAUCCACUGUGCUUUGUGAUAGCUUUUUUGACUUCCACAUAGAAGUCAGGAUCUAUGGCUACCAGCUAUGACUCCAACACAGGCCACUGUGUGUGCCAUAUGUCGGUAUAUGUGCACAAACCAUGUGAGAAUAUGCUUUGCUUUCCAACAUAGCAUGUGUGCAUGCAUACACACCAGAUUCUGUCUACAAUGAUCCAAGCCAGUAUUUUCCAUGGGCUUGCGAAUUGCUUUGAGGUAAUUGAAACACACACGGAGCCCUCCAUGUACAAAGAUGGCACUCUGAAACUGCAUUUGCUCAUACCAGCUUCUUCCCCCUGCUGUACAGUGACGUAAUGGCAAGGACCUAAAAUUGUUAUAGAAGCUAUUCUUUCUGAAGAUAUCACUGCCUGAAAGAAGUCUGGUGUCUUAUAAGUCGUCUGGUCAAGUUUGCCUCCUUUGACCACUAGUCUGGAACUAGUGACAUGUGGGUGCAAAACAAAAUGCAAUGUGGCAAAAGGCACUUGUUUUGAACAUGAUUUGAAAUGUGCUGCUGCCUGUGGCUGUGAUGCCAUCCACUGUUCCAAUCCUCAUGAUUUUCUCAUCAUUAAGCAACAGGAUUAAUGAUCCAUUAUUAUUAGAAGUUGAUUUAUUUUGUAAACCUUGUAACCUUCACAUAACUGGACAUGUUUGUGCACAAUCCAUAUUUGUGUGUUUUAUUUAUUUAUUUAUUUAUUUACCUAGAUAUUGUUUGUAGCAUGAGCUUCUGCCUUGUGCCCCUGUUGUGAGGGGAAUAGAUGUGUCUCCUAUCGACAGUCCUAGCGUUGUCAUCAAUAUGAUUUGGACAUGCCAUACAUCAAAUGGUAGUUAAUGAGUUGUCUGACAAAUAUGUAAUAGGCUUGAAUUAGCAAUGUAGGAAGGUUAAAAUAGCAGUGCUGUCUGAAACCAUAUCCCGCCCCCCCCCCUCCAUACUUCCAGGUCCGCCCGCCCCCCCCCCCCGCUUGAGCUCUUGUAGCAAAUCACCUGUCAAAGAUAGGGUUCCACUACCCUAUUAAGGCUGUCCACACCACCAUUGAACUUGCUACUGGGGAGGGCUGGUGGGGAGGCAGGUUCCUACUUGCCUUCUGGCAGACGGUCCUGCUGCUCCCCGUCCCUCUGCCGCUCAUGUGCCCACAUGAGUGCUGGGGCAGCGAGUGGCAGACCAGGGAUCUGGAGGAGGAAGUCCUCCACCAUCCCACAAUGCACUGCACAAUGAGCACGGUGCAUUGGGGGAUUUCCUGGCUGUUUGGCGCUCUUUACACCUGCCUCUAUGGUGUCUGAGCAUCCACAUGACCGGGAGGGGUGAGAGAGAAGGGCACACGUGCCCUUCUACCUCACUUUUAGCCCAGGUAAAAAACCCGUGCUACUCCAGCAGUCCUUAUGAGCAGCCCUGUCUGGAUAGGGCUGCUUAUGUGAACAACCUUAUAACAUUCUGUUGCACCGAUCAUUACCUUUGUUUUGGUGUGUAAUAUGUCCAAAUUGGUUUGGUACUCACAGAGCUGUGACUGUUUUCCCAAAAGAAUCCUAGCCCGUGUUAUGCAGCAAUUUGUGACUUUGAAAAUGAUCUUCAGAUUGAUUUCUGAAGGCAGCAUCCACACACAUAUUCUUUGUCACCCUCUGUAGAGUAGAUCUGGCAUAGGUGUCUGUUUUUAACAUGCCGGCACCAGUCCAAGUAAGUAAAGGUACUGUGGCUGGCCUACUAUGUCUGUAGGCUAUGGUAGUCCUGUCUCUCGGUGACUCUCUUAUGUCCCCCUUUUUAUGGGUGGACAAGCACUGAUCAAUUUAGCCAUGGUUGGGGGUUGCAAUAAAUCAAUUGGAUUUUUUUUUAAUAAGAA